UGCAGAGGUGGUAUACGACAUAGGACUGAUCACGAUUCAAGCACCAGCCCUCCGAAAAUUAUCAUCAUAUUAUAGCACAGAACCAAAUCUCGAAAAGAUGGCGGCUUUCAAAGUAUUGUCAAGAGCGGAAAAAGUCAUCUACAGAAAUUUAACCUCAGCCUGCAGAACUAACCUCACCGUGCAUUAUUUGAACAAGACUUGUGGUUGCUGUUUCUCCACAUCCAGCAACAGAAAGGCCACGUUCUACACAGACCCUGCAGAAGCAGUGAAAGAUAUUCCUAACGGUGCCACCUUGCUUGUUGGAGGGUUUGGGCUUUGUGGCAUCCCAGAGAAUCUGAUCAACGGUUUACUAAAGACUGGCGUGAAGGGACUCACUGCUGUCAGCAACAAUGCAGGGGUGGAUAAUUUCGGCCUCGGCCUGCUCCUCCAAUCCAAGCAGAUCAAACGAAUGAUCUCAUCCUACGUGGGCGAGAACGUGGAGUUCGAGAGACAGUACCUGUCCGGGGAGCUGGAGGUGGAGCUCACACCCCAGGGUACCUUGGCGGAGAGAAUCCGUGCUGGCGGUGCGGGCGUACCUGCCUUCUUCACUGCCACGGGGUACGGCACGCUCAUCCAGGAGGGGGGAUCACCCAUCAAGUACAACAAAGAUGGCACCAUCGCCAUCGCCAGUGAAAAGAGAGAGGUGCAGGAGUUCGGUGGGAGGCAUUACAUAAUGGAGAAGGCGAUCACCGGUGACUUCGCUCUGGUCAAGGCUUGGAAAGCUGACCGCCUUGGAAACAUCAUUUUCAGGAAAACGGCAAGAAACUUCAAUCAGCCCAUGUGCAAGGCAGCCAAAACCACAAUUGUGGAGGUGGAAGAAAUCGUGGACGUGGGCUCCUUUGCAGCUGAGGACAUCCAUAUCCCCAGCAUCUACGUGCAUCGCAUCAUCGAGGGCGACAAAUAUGAGAAGAGGAUAGAGAGGCGGACUGUGAAAAAAGGCCAGGCUGAGAAGCCCAAACCGAAAAAAGAUUCAGAUGUGGUUCGAGAACGGAUCAUUCGCCGGGCGGCUCUGGAAUUUGAGGAUGGGAUGUACGCCAACCUUGGGAUUGGGAUCCCCAUGCUGGCAAGCAACUUCAUCAAGCCGGACAUCACUGUUCACCUUCAGAGUGAGAACGGCAUUCUGGGACUGGGUCCCUACCCCACAGAGGAAGAGGUGGACGCUGACCUCAUCAAUGCUGGGAAAGAAACUGUCACCGUGCUCCCCGGUGCUGCCUACUUCUCCAGUGAUGAAUCCUUCGCCAUGAUCAGGGGGGGUCACAUCAAUCUGACGAUGCUGGGGGCAAUGCAGGUGUCCAAGUACGGGGACCUGGCUAACUGGAUGAUUCCGGGUAAGAUGGUCAAAGGCAUGGGUGGAGCCAUGGACCUGGUUGCCAGCGCUGGAACCAAAGUAGUUGUCACCAUGGAACACUCAGCCAAGGGAGGGGGACACAAAAUCCUGGAGAAAUGCAACCUGCCGCUGACGGGGAAGCAGUGUGUGGAUCGGAUCAUUACAGAAAAGGCUGUCUUUGAUGUGGACAAGAGCAAAGGCCUCACCCUGAUCGAAGUGUGGGAGGGACUGACGCCAGAUGACAUCAGGAAAUGCACUGGCACAGACUUUGCUGUUUCUCCAAACUUAAGACCAAUGCAGCAGAUUUAAAAUUCAAUGGCUAUACAGACUUUAUUUAACACCAAACCUCUAUCAGCAAAACAUGAGAUGAACAAAUAAGAACAUUUCAAGUGACUGCUUCCAUCUCUUAAUUUACUUCCAUGAAUGUAAAGUGUCAAAUACAAACAAGAUUGCUCAGCUAGCGUACUCAAGAAAAGAACUGAUUUUAGAUGAGACGAGAGGCUUUGGAGAAGACUGACAAUGCCUCUGGGGUAAGAUAUGUAUUACGUUUUAAUCUACAAUGUUAUGUAUGUGUUGAAAUGGAAAGAUUCCUGCCUGCUCUGCUGUGUAAUGCUGAAAUGAAAAUGCAUCUGUGACCUUUGAGCCAAACAUUUUACUGUGAUGUAAUUUAGUUUGUUUUUAGUUUGGAACUGACAAGGAGAAGGUUGUGUUUUAAGGAUCACACAUGCACACCAGUGCAAACACUUCAAUGCAAUAAACUGAAGCCUUAGGUUUUUCUAUUCAA